AUGAAAGUUACUCUACUUUUUGUAUUGUUGUCUAGUGCAACUUUGGGCUUCACUUGCCCAACAAAUCCCAUUACUACGGCAACACUUACGGGAAAUUUAUCAUUUGGUGCCACUAAUGUUCCUCCAGGAACUAACUGCACAUUUAUGUUUAACAUCCCAAACUACUACGUACUACUAAUCAACAUUUUUGCAACAGCCGGAUACAAGGAGGAUACUGUAACCAUUUUCGACAGCAAUAAUGAUCCAAUAUUCGUAUCAUCCGAUAAUCCAAUGCCUGAUUUACAUUUUCCUCCGAUAUGGAUUCCAGCAGGGAGUGCGAAAAUUCAAGUUAUUGGUGUAUCUGGUCAUAGUCAAUUCCUGGCCACCUACACAUACAAAUCGCUCGAUAAUUACCAGCAAAUCAGAACAUGGACUGGAGAACAUUUUUCAUUGAAGUCAAUAGUGGAUAACACUUAUGUCACAAUUACAUCUUCUUCACCUGAAGAGAAAGUCAUUCUCACACCUGGAAUGAAGCAAGGAGAAAUUGAUAACACGCUUCAAAAUUAUUUCGUAUAUGAUGGAGAUAAUAUCAACACUGCAAGAUUCUUAGGAAGACUCUCUGAAUUUAAAUCUUCAAUGAAGAAAUCAACAGGCCAAAGUGUAUCAAUAAUUUUGUUCUCAGACACAAAAUCGAAUUCCUACGUUCUCGGAAAUGAUGCGUCCACGUUGCAGCAAUUUGAAAAAUAUUCUGUUAUUCUGACAUCAAAAGGGUCAGAAAUGCAUGGAGUGAUGAAUGACAUCAGGAAAAGUGCUUACACUUUUAUUUGCACUGAUUGUUCUACGUACUCUUGGACUCAACUUGCUUUGGACUUUGUUGGAAAUAUUCAGUACGGUGGUCACAUCACUUUACAAAAACUAACACCAACUCAUAGAAAAAAGAAGCUGGCAAAAUAUGACAUGAUGACAUUUACAAAUCAAUACUUCACGGAGAUUUUGCCCACCGAGGUCUUCACUAUAAAUUUGCAUUUGGCGAAAGCUGAGUACAAUGUGUACAGCACGCAAGAUGAUAAUGAGUCUAGGAACUUAAUUUCUGGGAGAUCCUCACCAAACUUGUACACAGCUAAUAGCAAAGAUAAUAUUGGAGAUAUUUUGAAGUAUCAAAAUAGUACUGCUAGUGAUCACCGGUCAGCAACUUUUGCUGGAACAGGAAUACGACUCUCCUUCGAAAUUCAAAAACCUCCCUUGCAAAACCGUCGUCACAACUACUGCACCGUCGAAGACUUCUGUGGAUUCGAAGAAGGAACACCGAUGGAUCUCAAGAUUCCCUCCUUUGUUCCAUCUGCGGAUUCUUCGUGCCACACCGGCAUCACUUCAGAAGCACCACUUGUGGCUUUGAAUUCAUCCACCAGUGCUCAGAGCACCUCUUGCCGCCCCCCAGUGUCGUGGAAUUAA